UCCUUGAUCAACGUGGGAGACACGAAAGCGUGAAGUUGUUUUGGUCUCGUUUGGAAUAUGUGACACCGAGCUUUGGCUCUUUACUUUAACGUUUAUUUAUGAAGUUCCGUACUAGUUGUAGGUGAGUUAGCGUUACUGCCAUGAUGCCAGGCGACAGUCAGGCCAAAACGGCAGCUAUAGCCGCGGACGCCACGGUUGGAAGCUGUCAGAACUGCUCUGUUUUGCACCAGAGCCUAACGGAGUACGUCGCAUCGUUUCUGGCCCUGAAACAGAACAUAGCGGUUACAGAUGACUCCAUCAGGCUUCGAGAGCAGCUGGAGGAACUGCAGAUGCGGUUGGUUACCUUGGAGAAAAAGACGGCGGAUUAUGAAUCCGUACGGGCCGAGCUGGAGGAGAAAAAGGGUGCUCUCAAAGGUUAUGGACAACUGUCUGAAGAGAUGGAAAAAUUAAAGCAGGAAAAGAGCAGCACAGUGGCUGAGAAUAAGAAACUUGGAGACGAACUGAAGUCUUUGAAAGAUUUAACAGAAACACUGACUGCUGAAAAUGCACAGUUGAGGAGAGAGAAGGCGUCUAUUGAAAAGGAUUUAUUACAAACUCAGGUAUCUUUGAAGGAAUCUCAGGUACACGUGGAGAAGGCUGUGAAAUUGACAAAAGAGAAUGCCAUCAUGACACACAUGAAGGAUAGUCUUGAAAACAAAGUUAGACUGCUCGAAGAUUCAAUUAGCAAACAAGAUGAUCAAAUAUCUCAACUCACCAAAGAGAAGAUUCUGCUUGAAAGGAACAUUAAUGACCUCCAGGUGAGACUGAUCAAACUGGAAAGAGAAAGAUGUAAAGAAUAUAGGAGCGCUACAACUCAAACAAGAGCAGAGCCAAAAGUUGACAAAGAAAAGGUACGCAUGCUGCUGCAGAAUCUAUGGGAAUGUGUAGAGCCAGAACAAGAGCGGUCUUCACACAUAUCUAUGUUACCAGAGUUUGGUUUCAGGAGGAUUCUUCCUCCUUCUCCACAAACCAAACUGCUGUCUAAUCAAAGGCAAAUGUUCCCCUCCACUACUGAGACCAUGAGGGAAUCAAACGGUCUUCGAGUUGAGGCCCAAUCCACUCACACAAAUCUGAAACCUUGUCCCCGCGUAAGGGAUGCAUGGAAGCCCCAAGCGUCUAGUCAUCACUUCCCCGAAAAAGACAAGCUGAAAAAGAGCAAACAGUCGCCCAGAAAAAAUAAGCUUCUUGAGUUUUCUCCCAGCAAAGUCAGCCUUAAUGUUUCUGUGGAUGAAAUAAUGGAUUUUUUUAAACCAAUGCCACCCUGCAUAUCUCCGCUUUCUGAUAUGAAUACCAGUCUAGAAUCUGUGGAGAUGGACGAUGACGAAAUGAAUGGCCAUCCUGAACUUUCCGCGGAUGUUCUGCUUCCUAAACAAGAUCAGCCUUCAAACACCAAAACAUCACCUUUAAACCACGACGGGCCUAAAUCUCCUUCACUUGACGACAAAGAGAAGGCGGCCAUCCUAGAACACAGCUCAGAUCAAAAUCACUUUGAACACAAUGGACUGUGUGGUGUUUCUGAACUGAAUGAAAACUCUGAUAAAGCUCAUAAAAACAACAGUCCUCUAAAGAACAUGUCUCUACAGGAGCUGCCACAGCCUUUGUUAUCAAAUGAUAAAGUUUCAGAAGAGGCUUUCUCAUUACCAGCUGAAGGUAUGGAGCAUCCUCAGAAGGAAACCCCAGACAAUAGUACAGAAAACAUAUGUGACACUCCAAAGGUGUCUGAGAAGGUAAAAGAAGAUAAUUUGGAAACAGUUGCAGAGAUUGAUGUAGAUAUGAGUCCAGAUGACAUACCUAAUGUCACAACAGUUGUUUCUGAUGGGGAGAGAGUUGCAACUGCAAACUCUGGAGAAGCCGGAGCAAAACAACGUGUUGCUAAAUCUAAAGGCAAUGAAUCUUUGGAAGACACCAGUGUCACAGAAAACCAAGGAGGUCAUGUGGAUCCCUGUCAGGACAGUUCAGACCCCAAUCCCCCAGGGCCUCUCUGCCAAGACGCAGAAAUGUCAGAGGGUUCCCUACCAGGCAGCGGUGACAGCAUGAGUUGUGUCUUAAAUAAAAACCUUGAGGAGGGAAUGGAAAUAGAUGCCGGAGUGCAUUGCUCUGAGGACAGUGAUGGGAAUAAAGUGCAAAGUCCUAGAGAAGCUGACGUUACAGCUUCACCCACAGAGUCAACCGUCCAUCAUAGACUGUUGUCUCCUAAAAAGUCUCCAGGGCCCCAUUGUGAUCUGGAACAUACAGAAGCAACUUCUACAGCUCUGUCACUAAAGGAAGUUGACAAAGAGAAAGUAAAACAAACAUUAACAACUGACAGUGCUCCCUCAUUUUCCCCAGAAAAAAUAACAGUAGACUCUAAAUCCCUGGAAAAAUAUGGGCAUGCUCUUUGUCGAGCAUUAAGUCCUUCUUGUCUGUUGCCUCAAGUGAAACUGUUUGCUGUGCAAACCGACCCAAAAAUGGAAACUGUCUGCAAACUUCAAUCUGAUCCCACUGCUUCAAUUAUUGAGAGUUCGUCUGCCACCAAAGAACAAAACGGGUGUUUGGAGACGUUAACACCAGUCCAUGAUCAGCCAGGUUCUGGUCGGAAGGUUGAAGAGAAAGAGACGCCAGCACUUAGUCCGGGAGCAACUCAAACACCAGAGUUCAUUGGCCAUGUCUUCACUGAAAUGGGUCCUCCACUUCCUCCUGUCCUUACCCCUCUAACAACGCCUCCUAAAGCAGAAAAGCCAAUCAACCCAAGGCAUGCAAUUGGAAAACUUUCCUUUCCUUCACCUAUGGAUAGUUUAGCUUCCCCGGUCACCCCAGUGAAAACCAGUUUAACGCCCAGCAGUCAGCAGCUGAGUUCAUCUUCCCUAACCAGCCCAACCCAUCCAAACGGAGUCCCGUCGUCACCUCUCCAGUUUGGCUCAGCCACUCCAAAACACGCUUUGCCAGUUCCUGGUCGCUUGCCCUCCAAAGCUGUUAAUUCUUCCCCUUCUUCUUCGACCAGUCCGCCUCAAGAAAACUCCAUGAGGAUUCUCGAUACCAUGUACCCGGAGCUCUCUGCUCGCGCACGGACUCUUAGCAUCCUGAGAGGUAAUGUCAGUCUUGGCAUGUGUUCGUCAGAGAAUGGCGCAUUACCAAAAACAGCUGACGGUCAGAUAUCCGGCUUUAAAAGCAUCAGCUCCACGUCAACAGCCUUCACAAAGACGGAGACCAGGGGAGAAAAAAGACCUGCCGCGGAUUCGUCCCCGCCCAAAAGCAGCAAAUGCCCAAAGCUUGACAGCGGUUCUGCUGGAGUUGCUGGCAACCAGAGGUCUUCCGUCUCUUUAAACAGUGGAGAUGAGGCAGCCUCUUCCAGGACUCUGGUGCUUGAUCAGACCAAAAACAGGAUAGCACCUCCAUCCAUAGAAUCCGAAGAACCGGCUGAGAGGGAUCUUAUCGCUGGUUGUUUGAACAAAAUUAAGAACCAGUGCUUCGAUUUGCUGCCUGUUGUCCAGAGCCACUUGUAUGUUGGUAAUCUGCCCAAAAAGCCAGUCCUGAGAGAUGAGGAAAAGGAGGUCAUCUCAGAGAUUUGCAGCUCUAGCUCACUUCAGGUGGAUGAAAUGAUUCUGGCCAUAAUGACCAAACUAAAAGCUGAAAAAGAUGUCUUGAGUCUAAACUACUUGCAAGCCCUCUGUCGAGUCUACACGGGGAUCUGCAGACAGAAGAGGUUCUGGGAGAAGGCUCGCAUCCUGGCCUACAGCAUUCUGGUUGAAGAUUUUCCAGAUUCAGCAAAGCUGGUUUUGUUUGUGGUGACGACAUGGCCCAAUGUUCUGUCACACAGUAGUUUACUGUGCCAGGCCAUUCAUGCUGUUACCCAACUGAGAGCACCAAAAGGGCUUCUUGGCUGCCUUUCAGCUUUCCUUGGAUGGGAGAAGAAUCCUCCUUGUGACAUUGACCAGCUGAUCCUAAAAACUAUGACAGAGCUCCGGUCGGGAUCCAAUCAGACUUUUACCAAACACAUCCGCUAUGGAGAAGACCUGGGAGCUGGAGCCUGGGAACAGAUCUUCACGCUGCACCUCCUGUGUUCACACAAAAAAUGGAAAUGGACCUAUGAACACAUCCUGGGCAAAGAGUUGUGGCCGUUAAUGAACUCCUGGGUUCUACAGCCAAGACAUAAGCAAGGACCAGUCCGAGAUGAGACUGUUGCCACUGUACUUCGACUCGUAGGACGACUCAGUCAGUUGGGCCAUAAAGAAGGUUCUGUUUCCUCUUUGGUCACGGUGGCCAAUAUUAUCAACACAUUUGGAAGACAUGGACAAGCUGAAGGGGUUCCAUGGGCCAUCCAGCUAGCAGCCCUUUACUCUAUCUAUGAACUUUCUCCGUGCAACCCCAAACAAGCCCUGGAUGCUCUGGCUGGGUGGAGAGGAGAGGCUACUCAGAGCGUCCCACCUGCUGUCACUAGUUGCAUUAAUCAAAUAGCAUCUAUUUGCAGACAGGUUAGGAGCUGAAAACAAAUUGAUCUGCAUUAACAAUCAUUUUGGUGUGUAAUUCCUUUUUUUAUGAUAGGACAAAUACCUCAGUAUUGAUUUUAACAUGCAUCCUUAAUAGUUGUUUGACAUGUGAACACAAACAGUGACUAAAAGAUUUGUGCUCGUUGCAAUGCAAGGUUUAUCAACUCCAUUUUAAUUCUUUUGUCCUAAUUUGAAAGCACGUUUCAAAUAAUUUCAGACUUUAUAAGUGUUGUAUAAUCACAUAUAAGUGUAUUGCACUUAUAUUUGAUUAUAGCCUUUGAAGCUAAAUCUUUUACUUUAUAGAAGACAAAGAAAUUUUGUUUUCUAAAGUUUAUUCAGCUACAACCUGUAAACAAAUGCACUUGAACUGCUUGACCUUGUAGGAUUCUCAGGUAAUGCUGUAAAAUAUUGUAUAACAUGUACAGUGUGCUAAAGGUAAUCUAUAGCUGAUGUAAAUACAUUAUAAGAAUCCCUGUUUUUGCUAAUUGAAAUGUUUGUACAGUUUUCCUCAGAUGCUUCUAUUUUUUCUAAUUAAAAUGAACACAUAUUGUGUUUCACAGUAGUUUCUAA